GCCGUGGAGACUCGGCGCUACGGGCCCUGCGCUCAUGGCGCUGUACCAGCUCUUCUCCCACCCGGCCGAGCGCGGCUAUCGUGCGGGGCUCUGCUCCAAGGCCGCGCUCUUCCUACUGCUGGCCACGGCGCUCACCUACAUCCCUCCUCUGCUGGUGGCCUUCCGGAGCCACGGGUUUUGGCUGAAGCGGAGCAGUUACGAGGAGCAGCCGAGCGUGCGCUUCCAGCACCAGGUGCUGCUCGUGGCCCUGCUGGGGCCCGAGCCCGGAGCCUUCCUCGCCUGGAGCACGUUCCCCACCUUCAACAGACUGCAGGGGGCUCACCUGCGCGUCCCCCUCGUGUCGACCAGAGAAGAAGACCGGAACCAGGAUGGAAAAAUGGAUGUGCUCCAUUUUAAACUUGAACUUCCCCUACAAGCCACAGAGAAUGUUCUCGGUGUGCAGCUCAUUCUGACCUUCUCCUACCAACUUCAUAGGAUGUCAACAUUUGUGAUGCAGAGCAUGGCGUUUCUUCAGUCCUCCUUUGCUGUUCCCGGGUCACAGUUGUAUGUGAAUGGCGACCUGAGGCUGCAGCAGAAGCAGCCACUGAGCUACCGCGGCCUGGAUAUCAGAUACAAUGUGUCUGUGAUCAACGGGACUAGUCCUUUUGCCCAUGACUACGACCUCACACACAUUGUUGCUGCCUAUCAGGAAAGGAAUGUUACUACCGUCCUGAGUGACCCCAACCCAAUCUGGCUGGUGGGCAGGGCCGCCGAAGCUCCUUUUGUGAUCAAUGCUGUCAUCCGAUAUCCUGUGGAAGUCAUUUCUUACCAGCCAGGCUUCUGGGAGAUGAUCAAGUUUGCCUGGGUUCAGUAUGUCAGCAUCCUACUCAUCUUCGUCUGGGUGUUUGAAAGAAUCAAAAUCUUCGUGUUUCAGAACCAAGUAGUGACCUCCAUUCCUGUAGCCGUGCCCCAGGGAGAGCUGGGUAAAGAGCACUUGUCCUGAGAAGACCACAUCAGGAGACUCUGAGGGACCAUGGCUACCUCAUCCCUGGCUUCUGAGAACUGUGACUUUACAACAGUUCUGCAAAGAGUCUGCUGGACACUUUCAGGCUCGCGUGUUUCCCCCUCAGAGACAAAGAAUGGUUCUUUCAACUGCACAGACCCUAUGCCUUCAAAGCACCAAGGAAAUCACAAGGACGAGUUUGUGGAAAGGUCCCAGAGGCUAUGAGGCUAUGGUUUUUGUUUUGUUUUGUUUUUGCUUUUGCUUUGGCCUUGAAUUUCAGGAGAAAAUUGCAGUCAGUUCAUACACCUUUAAAAGAGUCCCACCUCUGGUCAAUGAAAGACUUUACCCCUUUUGAACUGGGCUGCCCUGCGCAUUCCUCCUCCUAUUAUAAGCUACUUUUUAGCUUCUUCAGGGCCCUCACGAGAAAUAUGCAAGUCCCUAGUACUUUCUACCCCUGCGUGUCUACACAUUGUCCAUUCAGAACUUUGAUUUCCAGAACUGAAGCCUUUAACUGGAGAGCUGAAGGGGGCAGGGCAGAGCCUAAAUACAAGAGUCCCAGAAACAUGUGCAUGCCAGUGGGUAACUUAAGGGCAGGAGGAGCAGCCACCUGCCUUCAGGCUAAUAGAUGGGAGUCUGUCAUCAGCUCAGCUGAACAGCCCUCUGUUCCUGCCCUACUGUGGCUGGCUCUGUGCCCCGUUUCUUGCCCUCUGUCUGUGCCCCCGGGAUGGCGGCUGAAGUCAGAAGUACUGUUUUAUUUGGUCUGUCCCCCCACCCCCAAUAGCAGGGAAGGACGUCAGGCUUCUAACAACAGGUUCUUUCUCUUUGGUCCUCACCCAGCAGCCUGGCCACUUGCCACCCCCCCACCCUACCCUCGCCCUUGAUGGCCUUCCCCCUUUCUGAAAGGAUCUGCGUGACCGUGACCGAGGGGUUGGUGGCGGUAUUGGCUUCCAUUGCCUGACAACCGCAGGGUUUAUUUGGAGGCUGAGCCAAAAACUCAGUUGCUUGCAGUUCCCUGACUAAGGAACAGGGUAUUCGGCAGAAGGAAAGCUUUGGGGGAAGCGCAAGGAGCAGGUAAAGAGGAGGCUAAGCAGGGCAUCUACCAGAGUGACAAGCAGCCCAGUCAGGGAGCCCUCCAAUCUAAAGAAGUAUCCACGAAGAACAUGGCCAGAACAAGCUUCUACCUUGCAUAGAAAACUGAAAAGAAAAGAAAAGAAAAAGAAAACUGCAAUUUGGCCUUAUUCUUGUGCUGAACUAUUGUGCGAUCUUAAAGGACAGGUGGCUGUUUAUGAUGUCACCAUGUCAUUAGCCCUGGAAGGACGUACCUACACCUACCACCCCAUGCCUCAUGUCUAACCCCAAACACACUCCUCGGUAUAUGUCUUAGUUUACCUUGGAGACUCAGUUCUGAUUUCCAGAGCACCUUCUGUCAGACUGAGCAAAAUAAGAAUUUUGAAAACAAAGCUAUUUUGAAGUAUUCAAGCAGAAAAAUUCCCUAGUACUAGUCUCUCUGAUUUCACAUGUACAGCUAUUUAUAUGCCUGUGAUUUUUUUUCUGGUGAUUUAAAUGAAAAAUGGCCUCUGAUUUCAAUUUCAAAAAGGUUAUGAGAAAGUUAGGGAUGUAGCUCAGUUGGAAGAGUGCUCGCCUGGCAUGCACAGAGCCCUGGGUUCCAUCAUUUAAAAACUUCAUGGAGUCUGUAAUCCCAGCACCCUGGAGGUGGAGGUUCUAACUCAGAAGACCAUUCUUGAGUUAGAACCCAGCAUGGGAUACUUGAGACCUUGUCUCAAUAAAAUAAAAUAAGGAGAUGGGGGUGAGAGUGUGACCAGAAUAUACUGUAUGGGAAAAAAGAUAACAAGAUUCAGAAAGAUGACCAAAGAUGCAGGCUACUUUGCAUUAUAUUAAACUAUCCUGUGUAAAAUUUGUAUAGGGAACUCAAUGAGGUUUUAUAAGUUUCUAAUUAAAAUGUCUGGAAAAGAG